GCUACUAGUAACAAGUGCCUUACUAGUAGUAACAAGAAGCUACUAGAAACAAGUGCAUCGCGACUAGUAACAAGUGCCUUACUAGUAGUAACAAGAAGCUACUAGGGGACUCCUAGGAACAAGAAGGUGUUUGGACCAUGGUUGGCGCUUUUCCGGUUUGAGCUGGAGGUCUCUUGACUUUUUGGAGUGUAGAAAGGGACGGAUGCUAGACUUCACAGACGGAGAGCGAAGAGAAGCUACGAAGUGAAGUCACGGAAGUCACAUAAUCCGUGUCGAAUGGGAGCUGAGCAUUCGAGACACGGAUUUUGCCUGAAGAUGGCGACACGCUGUGCAGGAGCGCGACACGCUGCAACGCUGGGAGUUCGGGGCCUUGAACUCGGAGAAGGUCUUGGCCUUUAGCAGCUUCGUGCGCUGCUGGGUGACCGAUGCACAGCUGCUGGUGGCCGGGCUCUUCAACGGAGCACUGCAAGUGGUGCAUUGGGAGACCGGGCGAAAGGAGCUCUUGAAUGGUCGCCACGGCGAUGAAGUCAUUGCCGUGGCCCUCAACGACCAGCACGUGCUCUCCGGCAGCGGUGAGCCCGGCUACUACGCGCGCCAGGCGCAGGACGCCUCGGUGCGGCUCUGGCGCCGCGACGCCGACGGGGACGCGGGUCCCAGCGUGAGGCCGGCCGGGUGCUUCAAGGGCCACGCGGAUUCGGUGCGCGCGGUGGCGUUGUUCCACACGGAGCCUUUGAAGGACUACGGUCUCUCGGGCAGCGUGGAUUGCCACGUGAUCCUGUGGCGCCUCAGUCGCGGCGAAGCGGAGGCCACGGCGCUGCUCUGCGGGCCGUGCCGCUGCUUGCGGGUUCUCUGCGAGGGCACGGCGCGCGCGCGGAUCUUCGCCGGGUCAGGGGAGGGCGUGGCGGAGCUGGCCUUGACGCGCACGAGCACGGGCAGCUCCACGGCGACGUUGACGCAGCUGAAGUUCGUGUCGGCCUAUGUGGAGGUCUCCUCAUUGAGUUAUUUUCCAAGUCCUCCGUUGCGGCAGGACAUGGAUCAAGGACAUUGGCCCAAGAGCUUCCUGGGAGCCAAUCUGAAAGUCGCGGUGGGCAGCGUGGAUGGACAAUUCGCUUUGUUGCAAGCGGGAAGCUGUCGAGCCGUGCAUGAGCUCUUCAAGCCCAGUGAGGGUGUGAGCCAGGAGGUCAUCUCGUUAGUCAUGAUCAGUGACAAUCGCAUUCUGCUGGUGAGCAGGGCUGGGAUUCUCACGCUGCUGGCCUGGGAGGGCCUCUUGUCCUCGGAGGCGCCGUGCCGCGCCGUCUGGUCCAAGACAGGCUGGCGCAUGUACGUCUCCACCAUUGGUUUGUGGGGCCCUGGUCGGUUGAUUUCCGAUGGCUUCGACAACAUCAUUCGGACCUUCACGCUCGAGAGAAAGACUUAUUUCGAUGAGAUGCAGCAGUUGGAUGAAGGAACCUCGAGCGAAUAACGAAAAAGGA